AUCCUGGUCUUGGGCACUCAAUCAGCAAUAAGGAGCUCAAGUAUAUAGAGUCAUGGUUCAAGAGACGGUUGAAGAGUUCGUCGUCGCCUACUUGUCUUCAACUUAAUUGUCUUAAAGAUUUGUUCCACUCAAGUUAAUAACUGUACGUCUGUACCUAAGGCCAUCUUUAUCGGGCCAUCUUUAUGGGUGUGCUUGGGUAUAUUUGUAUUUAAAAAAAUUCGAAAUUGGGCUUAGAGCAUAAAACAUGUUCUUAUUUCCGAACUGUUGUGAGGUGUGUUCUUCUGUGACGUGUCCAAAUGGUAUUGGAAAGAAUUAUUUGGGGGUCGAGAGUUUUAUUUGGUUUCAACUUUUUUGGUUUUAUCGACCUAGGGUUCAUCUUCUUUGGUCUUCAAAGGGCGAUUUCAGUGCCGAUCUCUUCGUAACCGUCUCCGCUGUCUCGUCUGUGUCCGGCAUCUCUGCAAGCUCUUCCUCUCGACUUUCUCGGCUGUCUUGCGAAGCUCCUCACCUUCUCUGCAAGAGAUCUCGUAGUCUCCUCCUUUGCCGCUGUCUCCUCUGUCUCGUCGGCGAUCUCUUUACCGUCUACUCAUCUCGUUUGUCUCCGGCGUCUCAUCUGUCUCCGGCGUCUCGUCUGUCUCGUCUCACCUCCGGCGAACAAAGGCUUCUAGGUGAGAUUAAACAUUGGAAAUUAAAUCGAGGAGAAGGAUCAUCAAACCUGCAUCAUCAAACGAUAGGAAUCUCAAGGUAGACGAAGAUAUGUUCUCUGAUUAUGACUAUGGCAUAAACAGCCCACUAGACUAUAGUGAUGAUUCAGAAUCAGAGGCUGAGACAUGUUACUAUGAACCUACACCAUCAGUUGGACGACCUAGUCUUACGAACCAUGAGGUAUUGGUUCCACUACCUGCUCAUGUGACACAACCAGCCGAGGUUGGAUGACCUAGUCUUACGAACCAGCCGAACGACCAAGUCAACCAGCGUAACGACCAAGUGAUCGUUGAGCUCAAGGACCAAGUGAUCCAGCUCAACGACCAAAUGAUCCAGCUCAAGCUUUUGGUGAUCCAGCUCAAGGACCAAGUCAUGCACCUGAAGGACCACGUCUAUCAGAGGCUCAAGUAAAGUUUGGGAUGUUGUUUACUGAGUUUGAGUUUGUCCGUUUGAGUCACAUGUAUUUACAUGUAUGUGUUUGCUUUGUUUGGACAGAGUCACUUAUGUUUUUUGAGUUUGUCCGUUUGAGUCACAUGUAUUUACAUGUAUGUGUUUGCUUUGUUUGGACAGAGUCACUUAUGUUUUUUGAGUUUGUCCGUUUGAGUCACAUGUAUUUACAUGUAUGUGUUUGCUUUGUUUGGACAGAGUCACUUAUGUUUUUUGAGUUUGUCCGUUUGAGUCACAUGUAUUUACAUGUAUGUGUUUGCUUUGUUUGGACAGAGUCACUUAUGUUUUUUGAGUUUGUCCGUUUGAGUCACAUGUAUUUACAUGUAUGUGUUUGCUUUGUUUGGACAGAGUCACUUAUGUUUUUUGAGUUUGUCCGUUUGAGUCACAUGUAUUUACAUGUAUGUGUUUGCUUUGUUUGGACAGAGUCACUUAUGUUUUUUGAGUUUGUCCGUUUGAGUCACAUGUAUUUACAUGUACUUGGUGGUGCUGAGUUUGAGUCACAUGGUUUUGUUUUUAUUUGUUUGCCUUGUCACAAAGUCACAGAGUCACUUGGUCCUUGUUCGUCACAUGCUUAAUUUACAAACAACUCACUCUUGUUCUA